AUGAGAAGACGUUUCACAAGUCAAAAGAACACAAACGCAAAAGCAGAGAUUACGGUUGGUUAUAACGUAAAUGAUGAUAAAUCACGAAUUAUUCAAAAUGUUAAAGUUAAUGUUAGCCCUGAAUUAACAAGGUCAGCAACUCAACCAAAUUUAUUAACUCGUGACUUACCGAAAAAGGAGGAGGAGCAAAAUAAAGAAGAUGAACCCGGUAAAGAACCCGUUGAAAUUCCCACUUAUCCAACAUACCCCCCACCUCUUUCAUCAAACAUCGAGAACCCAGGAAUCUACGAUUUCAGUCGCAAUGCGCCAUAUAAAAUAGACAUUAAUUCUGAAUUAAUGAAAAUUUACCGUGAUAUAAUAAUUAAUAAUUAUGAUUCAAUAAUAAAUUUAAUUGACCAAUCAGGUUUAAUUAUUUUACCUUAUGAAUCAUUAAUUCACAUUAUCGCCAUUCUUUGUGAUGUUCAAGAUUCAGACGUUAAGAUUCAAUUUUUCAUAGAUGAUGAGGUUUCAUGCUGCGGAACAGUUGCAAAAAUAA